AUAAUCGACACGGUCAUCAACUACAGAGAUGGGUCAGGAAGACAACUGAGUGAGGUCUUCGUCCAGUUGCCAUCCAGGAAGGAGCUCUCCAGAAUAUUACGAGCUGAUCAGAAAACUGUGGACUUCAAAAAGAUCAAAGAUCGUGUGAGAAACCAUAAAUACAGGAGUGUGGGAGACCUGGAGAGGGACGUGAUGCUGCUUUGUCACAACGCCCAGACCUUCAACCUUGAGGGAUCCCGGUCACAACACCCCUUCAUGUGGAACUGA